GGAACAACGCAUAUAGGUCCCUCUGCAGGUGUUGUAAUAGCAUUGGGUAGACAAGCGUCGAGUUCAAACAGUCCUAGAAUAGUAGAUGUGGAUAGAGAGAUAUAAGAUAGAGAUAGAUACUCUCGGAUGUUUUUUUGGAUUUAAUGAUCACAACACGGAAAUAGAUUCACUCCCUCAAUUCUCUCUCUCUCUACGAGGACCAAGACUCCGAAAGACAGUGCCAACAAAUUCUAGGGUUUCUUCAAAGAUUCUCACUUGUUAUAGGUUUCUUCGCUCGACAUCUAAUUUGGAAGCAUGCAGUCAAAGUCAGAAAGUGUGAAUCAAAUAGAAGCUAAUCCAUAUAACAUUUUACCAUCAGCCGCAUGUUCAGAACCUUGGUGGCGCAGUAGGAAUUAUAAUCACAUCUCCCCCACUAUGAUAGGGGGAAACACAUCUAAUUCUUCUUCAGUGGAACAAUCCAAAGAUGGUGAAUCACAAUCUGAUGAUGGGUUGGAUGAGGAAGAUGAUGCUAUCAAAGAAUCACAAAUUACAUCUCCACAUUCAGAUGGAAAUUAUGGACAAGGUCACCAGAAUUUCCAGAAUCGAACAUCAGCCAUACGUCCAAUGAUUAAUGAAAGCCUUACACAGCCUCAUCAGCUUGAACUUGUUGGACACUCAAUUGCUUGUGCAUCAAAUCCAUAUUUGGAUCCAUAUUAUGCGGGAAUGAUGGCAACCUAUGGUCCUCAGCCUUGGGUGCCUCCUCAUUUACUUGAUAUGCAUCAUGCUAGAAUGCCUUUGCCCCUUGAAAUGGUAGAAGAGCCUGUUUAUGUGAAUGCAAAGCAAUACCAUGGGAUUUUGAGGCGAAGGGAGUCACGUGCUAAAGCAGAGCUUGCAAGGAAGCUAAUUAAAGUUCGAAAGCCAUAUCUUCAUGAAUCCCGACACAUGCAUGCUAUCAGAAGGGUAAGGGGGUCUGGAGGCCGUUUUGUAAAAAAGUCUGAUGCUGAAGCCUCAAAAUGCACAGCUGAAGAAACGGGAAUAGGUUCUGCUUCUGCCACCUCAUCACACUCUGCCAGUUCAUCAGGUUCUGAACCUUUGCGCUGUGAGGCAGCUGAAACCCAGGAUAGUCAUCAAGAAGAAAAAGGGUCUGUAGGGCAUGGAACUUGUGAACCACGAGGAUAUGCCAAUGACGGCGACUCUUCAAUCCAGCAAUGUGGGAGCAUCUCAUCUAAAAAGGCCUCACAAAGGUCACUUGCUAUGUAGUGAGGGGCUGUUGUGUGAAGGAUUGUCUCUGUCUCUCACCCAAUCAGGAAAGAUGGAAACCAUUUACAACCUGUGUUUUCUUGCCAUGGCAAAUCGUUCUUGGCUAUUUUAAGAUGAGUGUUGUGGCAGUGUAGAACAACACGAGAGAGAUGUUAAACUAUCUCUCUCCUCUUUUGUGUUUUGUACAAAGAGAACUCGUGUAGAAUCUGAAGUUGGAAGGAAAGUCUGUAGGAAACCUUUUAAAGUUUGACAAAAGGUUUACUUAUUUCUGUCCUCUUGUUAUGUCUGAUGUUGCAAAUAGGAUUUCAGUUGUGCCUUCUUGUGCAAGAAAGGUUAGGUUUUUAAAUAUUAGAUGGUUGUUUUUGAGAAAUAAACAAUUGAGCUAGCAAAUUAGCUCAGUUCUGUUAACCCAGCUCCUUUUAUGGGUUGCUCUGUUUUUCAAUUUUCUUCACCUCAUGGUUAUCUUCUGUUUUGUAGUGAAAAUUUGAUCCUGACUAAUGAGGUGAUCAGUGUGUUAAUAUUAGGCUUUCUUCUUA